AUGAAUGAAACUACAGGAAAAAUAUCUCCUCUUUUUGCCCUUUUCUUUCCUGAUAUGUAUGAUGAUAUCAAAUUUAAAAAGGCGGUAACUGAGGAUGAGAAAGCUUCCGUAAUGACAGCUAAUAUAGCCAAAUUGAAGAAUAUGUAUCCCAAUAAAAGCACACAAACAAAUACUAGGCACGAUAAGCCUACAGCAACUUUACCACCAGUGGACAGGUGA